UACAAAAUAAAUUAUCGUUUCCAUGAUCGGGUGAUCGGGUGAUGUUUGGUGUUGUGUAAGUCAGUUAAACAUCAACGGAAAUUUUCGUCAUAGACAUUAGGCAAGUGACAGUCUCUCUUUAACUCUUGAAAAGAACAAGUAGUUUCGAUAUGUUUCUCCGCGAUGGGAAAAUGGAAUUCCGCUCUCGCAAAUUGUGGACCGAAGUCUUCGCGGAAUUUUUGGCCACACUUUUGUUCCUGUUCAUGGUCUGUGGCACAGUGUUACCGUGGAAUAACACACCACCAUCCGUUAUACACAUUGCUUUCAGUCAUGGACUAAGUAUAGCGACCUUAGCGAUGGCGGUGUUUCACAUUUCGGGAGGACAGCUUAACCCAGCCGUGACCAUCAGUAUGAUGGCAGUUGGAAGGGUUUCAGUCUUAAAAGCUGUGUUUUUCAUCAUUGCUCACGAAGCUAUUUGUGGAGCAGCUAUAGUUUUCUACCUAACCCCAAAUGACUCUGUUGGUUCAUUGGGUGUUACAGCUCCUUCAAAUGGUGUCACUACUGCGCAGGCGUUUGGAGUGGAACUCAUGUUGACUUUCAUAUUGGUUUUUGUGAUAUUCGCUGCGACUGACCCCAACAGAGACAUGGCAGGAUAUGGGGUACCGCUGGCCAUAGGAAUUUGUGUGUUCAUUUGUCUGAUGCAUGGGAUCCCUUCAUCUGGAGCCAGUUUGAAUCCAGCUCGUUCCCUUGGUCCUGCCGUUGUUAUGAAUUUGUGGAGAGACCAUUGGAUUUACUGGGUGGCACCUAUUGUUGGCGGUCUCCUAGCAACGUGCACCUACCAGCUGUUUUUCGCCCGGAGGAGAAUCAACCAAAACACUUUGGAAGAUGACAACUACAAUGUGGAACUCAAUGACAACGAUACAUCGAAGUUUAUGGUCUCCCCUUUGGCCUUAGGUAAGGAUCUGUCCACUACACUUAGAAGAUCGGCUAUGACAGAUUCCGCGAUCCGUAAGCGCAAAUUUUGGAUUUGCGUCGGGGCAGAAUUUCUGGCGACGACAAUUUUUGUUUUUGUGGUUUGCGGCUCGACGCUAACCGUGCACUCGAACGAGUCGGUCGGCGUGUUACAUAUCUCGCUUACUGCAGGUCUAACGGUGGCGACACUAGCGAUGGCGACAGGACAUCUAACUGGAGGCAUGGUAAAUCCUGCGCUAACCAUUGCGUUGAUGGCAACUAAAAAGAUUUCGGUGUUACAAGGAGUGUUUUACACAGUCGCACAAUUUCUUGGUGCGGUUUUAGGAGCAGCACUUCUAUAUGGUCUAACACCUAGCCAAAUACGCGGGGCACUGGGAGCGACUACAGUUGGUAGUGGCCUAAAUGCUGGCCAAGCCUUCGGAUUGGAGCUCUUUCUUACGUGUAUAUUGGUGUUCACCAUAUUUGCCGCCACUGAUCCGGGGAAGGAGCUUCGGGGAUAUGACAUACCGCUGUCCAUAGGAGUGUGUGUGUUCAUCUGUCACAUGUGCGGGAUUCCUUUCACUGGCUGCAGCAUGAACCCUGCUAGGUCUUUCGGUCCCGCCCUGAUUAGUAACAUCUGGAAAGAUCACUGGGUUUACUGGGCCGGUCCCAUACCGGGAGGAAUAAUAGCCGCAUUCUUGUAUGAAUACGUCUUCUCCUCAAGCAAGACCGGAGUUUCUCCAUCUUAACUUUAUUAGCGCGAUCAUAGUUAAUGGCGCGAUAGAGUUUGAAGAAACUGUGACAUCUACAGAUCUAUUCUUGAGAUAUACAGCAAACACGUAUGCCAAAGCCGAUAUCUUUAUACGUAACACAAACAAAAAUACUCCUACAUAACAUUCCCUUUUCAAAGCCUUGCAUUCGCGAAAAAGACCAAGCGCUAAGCUAAGAAAGAAGAAGUGUUUGUAGUGAGCAAAAUGUGGACCUAGCUUUCCUCAUGUUGACCCUUUGUAGAGUAGUAUUCACUUCAGAAGUUGUAUAAAUUGUGCUCUCGUUUCAUACGUGUUGUAUGUUGGUUGCGUACCGUUUCGUAGAAGACCCAAAACAGAAAAUGCAAUCAGUUCCACCUUUUUGUGACCACGUGUGUGAGGGGGUUUUGAACCCUGAUUUGUAUUUCUCCCUUCUAAAUGAAAUUAAUUUCCGUGCAAAGUCUGAUAAAAAUUAAAUUAGUCUACUAUCAUCUGCUGUUUGCAGGGCAAAACAUUAAAACUGGGCGGAGAACUUGUCAGUAAAUCACCUCUAAGAGUCAAGGGUAAAUUCGUUUUUCAAGACUGGUGUGAGUUUCUGACCCGGCCAACAGAAUAAAUGGUUAGAGUUUUCAUUGA